GCGAUGAGUUGUUUUCGUUGAGGGCGGAAACUAGGGGCCGUCGAACGAGAGCCGCCAAGUCCCGGCAGUCCCCACCAGAAACGUCGUUCCAGUGCUCUGUGCCCCUCCAUUUGCUGCCCCUCUAAAGAGCAGGCACGCUGUCGUCACCUCGAGUACGCUUUUCCUGAAACUCUCUCACCACUCUCUUCACUUUUCCAGCUACACCUACACGGUAUACACAUUCCUCCUCGCGAACAAUUGCACUUCUUGUUCACCCUUAACGAUACCCCAAGAAACCAAUUGCCCAUCAUGGCUCGCAAGUUCUUUGUCGGAGGAAACUGGAAGAUGAACGGCACCAAGUCGUCCAUCAAGACCAUUGUCGACAACCUGAACAGCGCAAAGCUCGAUUCCAACGCUGAGGUCGUUGUUGCACCACCAUCACUGUACCUGCACUACGUCCGUGACACCCUGAACAAGGGCAUCGAGGUGGCAGCACAGAACGUCUACGACAAGCCCAACGGCGCCUACACGGGCGAGAUCUCGGUGGAGCAGCUCAAGGACAGCGACGUGAACUGGACCAUCCUGGGCCACAGCGAGCGGCGCACGAUCCUGGGCGAGUCGGACGAGGUCGUCGCCAACAAGACCAAGGUCGCCGUCGACGGCGGCCUGAGCGUCAUCUGGUGCUGCGGCGAGUCGCUCGAGGAGCGCGAGGCCGGCAAGACCGUCAACGUCGUCACCAAGCAGCUCGACGCCCUCAAGGCCAAGAUCGGCAGCGACUGGUCCAAGAUCGUCAUCGCCUACGAGCCCAUCUGGGCCAUCGGCACCGGCAAGGUCGCCACCACCGAGCAGGCCCAGGAGGUCCACGCCGCCAUCCGCAAGUGGCUCCAGGACAAGGUAGACGCCAAGGCCGCCGACGAGACCCGCAUCCUGUACGGCGGCUCCGUCAGCGAGAAGAACUGCAAGGAGCUCAGCAAGCAGGCCGACAUUGACGGUUUCCUCGUCGGUGGUGCCAGCUUGAAGCCCGCCUUUGUCGACAUCAUCAACAGUCACCUGGCAUAAGGUUCUUUGCCGUCGAGCUGGGAGAGGAGCAGGUAGUCCAUGGGUAGCUUCCCGACGGAAUCGGGGGCAUAAGGACAACUUGAGAUAGGCAGCCAAAAGUAGUCAAAAUGAAAUCCUUGUAAUCACUCC